CCGCCCGCUCUCUCUCGGGGACUCUGCACCUCAUCAGGUUCCCUCUUCCAAAUCCCUACCGUUUGCUCCGUGUCCCCACCUCACACCAUAUAACCCCUCUCCAUCCUCCUUGGCUCGUUGCCCCUUGACCUAGUGCCCCUGUCCCUCUCUUCCCACCUGACCCCUGGUGGCGGUCCGUUCUCACCGACGACGCCCACCCAGCCUCUGCUCAGGUCCCUCCCUCAGGUCUCCAGCGCAUCCCACCUCGUCCUCCUGACCCCCCUCGGGCCUGACGUCCUCGCCCUCCGCCCCCCGCCCCCAUGGUCCCGGAGCCCGGCCCCGCCAACCACAGCACCCCGGACUGGGGGUCGGGGCCGCCGUCGCACCCCGCGGGCAGCGGCUGGGUGGCGGCCGCGCUGUGCGUGGUCAUCGUGCUGACGGCGGCGGCCAACUCGCUGCUCAUCGCGCUCAUCUGCACGCAGCCGGCGCUGCGCAACACGUCCAACUUCUUCCUGGUGUCGCUCUUCACGUCGGACCUGAUGGUGGGGCUGGUGGUGAUGCCGCCCGCCAUGCUGAACGCGCUGUACGGGCGCUGGGUGCUGGCGCGCGGCCUCUGCCUGCUCUGGGCCGCCUUCGACGUGAUGUGCUGCAGCGCCUCCAUCCUCAACCUCUGCCUCAUCAGCCUGGACCGCUACCUGCUCAUCCUCUCGCCGCUGAGCUACAAGCUGCGCAUGACGCCGCCGCGCGCCCUGGGGCUCGUCCUGGGCGCCUGGAGCCUGGCCGCGCUCGCUUCCUUCCUGCCCCUGCUGCUGGGCUGGCACCAGCUGGGCCGCGCGCGGGCCCCUGCCCCAGGCCAGUGCCGCCUGCUGGCCAGCCUGCCCUUUGUCCUCGUGGCAUCGGGUCUCACCUUCUUCCUGCCUUCGGGCGCCAUCUGCUACACCUACUGCAGGAUCCUGCUGGCGGCGCGCAAGCAGGCGGUACAGGUGGCCUCGCUCACGACCGGUGCCGCCGGCCAGGCCUUGGAGACACUGCAGGUACCCAGGACCCCACGCCCGGGGAUGGAGUCAGCUGAUAGACGUCUGACCACCAAGCACAGCAGGAAGGCCUUGAAGGCCAGUCUGACACUGGGCAUCCUGUUGGGCAUGUUCUUUGUGACCUGGCUGCCCUUCUUUGUGGCCAACAUAGCCCAGGCCGUGUGCGACUGCAUCUCCCCAGAACUCUUCGAUGUUCUCACUUGGCUGGGUUACUGUAACAGCACCAUGAACCCCAUCAUCUACCCACUCUUCAUGCGGGACUUCAAGCGGGCCCUGGGCAGGUUCCUGCCAUGUUCCCGCUGCCUUGGGGAGCGCCGUGCCAGCCUUGCCUCGCCCUCUAUGCGAACUUCUCACAGCGGCCCCCGGCCGGGCCUGAGCCUGCAGCAUGUGCUGCCCCUGCCCCGGCCACCUGACUCCAAUUCUGACUCGGGCUCAGCUUCCGGUGGCUCCUCCGGCCUGCAACGCACGGCCCAGCCCCUGCUGCCUAGAGAGGCCCCCCCGGGAGCCCCCGGCCUUGGCCAGGGCUGCCGUGGUGGUCAGUUUCUUCAACAUCGAUCCCGUGGAGUCCCAGCUGCAGCUCCGUCCACUUGGGGCUCCCACGAACAGACCCGGGCUUGGAGCUGGUCGGUGGGGAGCUGUACUGGAUAGAACCAAGUCCCCAAGGCCUUGGACCAGCUCUUGGCUAAGGCUGGGAGGCUGUGGGUAUCCUGGGAGCCCUCGGAGGGUCAGCGGGGGCACUAAGCCAGCC